AUGAAUGAGCAAUCAGGAAAAACCCCUCUUCUUCUCAGGAAAGAUGAUGAUUUGGGCUGUCUCAAGAAAACAUCUUUACUCAUAUCAUCAGCUAAAUGGAUCAUCAGAGCAGCAAUUCUGUUGAUUUUCGUAGCCUGGGCUGCUUUCAUAUUUCUGUUACCACUGCCUGCCGUCAAUGACUUGUUUGAGAAAUCGUUGAAAGCUACUGAAGGAACCGUUUUUGGAAUCACAGGAAGUAUUUUCUUGUUAUUUAGUGCCCCAAUUCUCAUCAUUGCAUUUCUGGCAAUUGCAUAUCUGAUCAUCAGUGGGGAAGAGGAUCUACUUGGAAAGAAGACAUGGAAGUAUCCACGUUUCAGCUUGUGGACAUUCCCAGUGCUUGUGGAUGGUCCAUUUGGAGUUGUAUCAGCUGCAGAAAUGAUUGGCAUCGUUCUGUUUUCUCUGUACAUAAUCUGGGCUAUUUCUAUUUACACCAUGAGAAAUCAGGAUCUCUUAUCUUUGUUUCACAUACCAUCAAGGGAGCAAAGUGCUUUGAUACUGGAGCUGACAGGACUGCGGUUCGGAUUCAUCGGACUGAUGUGCUUAGCAUUUUUGUUCCUUCCAGUUUCCAGGGGAUCAGUUCUUCUCAGAUUCAUACAUAUUCCUUUUGAGCAUGCAACUAGGUACCAUGUUUGGCUGGGCCACCUUACAAUGAUCCUUUUCACCCUUCAUGGUCUCUUCUACGUGAUUGCCUGGGCAAUGGAAGGGCACCUCAUACAUGAACUUACAAACUGGAAAAAUGUUGGUGUUGCAAACCUUCCUGGAGUUAUCAGCCUGCUAGCUGGAUUGCUGAUGUGGGUGACAUCACUUCCUGGAGUGAGGAGAAUCAAUUUUGAGCUGUUCUUCUACACACAUCAGCUGUAUGUGGUGUUCGUGGUCUUCUUGGCAUUGCAUGUUGGUGAUUUCAUCUUCACUAUGGCUGGUGCUGGAAUCUUUCUUUUCAUGCUUGAUCGCUUCCUGAGGUUCUGCCAGUCACGAAGAACAGUUGACAUCAUUUCAGCCAAAUCUUUCCCAUGCGGAACAGUGGAAUUAGUCCUCUCCAAACCUGCAAAUUUGCAUUACAAUGCACUUGGUUGGGUGUUUCUCCAAGUUCGUGAGCUUUCCUGGCUGCAGUGGCAUCCUUUCAGUGUCUCCUCCAGCCCCAUGGAUGGUAAAAAUCAUCUCGCAAUUCUUAUAAAGGUUCUUGGUGGUUGGACAGGGAAACUGAAGGAGCAAAUCCUGAAAAUCUGUGAGGAUGGACCACAAACACAACUCUCACAGCCUCAGUUGAAAAUUUCAGCCUCAGUAGAAGGGCCAUAUGGGCAUGAAUCGCCAUACCACCUUACGUAUGAAAAUCUCAUUCUAGUAGCAGGUGGCAUUGGAAUCUCACCAUUUUUGGCCAUCUUAAGCGAUGUUUUGCAUCAUAUAAGGGAACAGAAACCUUGUCUGCCCAAAAACAUUUUGAUAGUUUGGGCUGUGAAGACAUCAGAUGAGCUCCCACUUCUGCAGACAGUGGACAUGGAGUCAAUCUGCCCCUUUUUCUCCGAAGCACUGAAUCUUGAGAUCCAAACUUAUGUUACUCGACAAUCAGAACCACCAUUGGAAGAGGGAAAAGUUGAUGAGCCCCCAAGUUCUGUUGUCUUCCACCAUUCCAAGAGAAGCGGAAUGUCUGUUUUGGUUGGUACUGGCAACAUUAUGUGGGCUGGGUUGUAUCUUGUGUCAUCUACAGUCGGCUUGAUUGUUCUAGUUGGUUUACUGAACUACUUUUACAUUAAUCCAUACAACAUUACCUACUGGUGGUACAAGGGGCUUCUGUUGGUUGCAUGCAUGACUGCAAGUGUACUCCUGUUUGGUGGUGUAACUAUUGCUUUAUGGAAUCUUUUGGAAAGAAGAAUGUCAUCUGAUGAGGAACCAACCAACGACAUUGUCAUUGCGCCGCAGGAUGCACCAGCCCUGCUGAAGAAAUCUGGGCAGCAACACUAUGUUAACUCGAUUCAGUAUGGUCAAAGACCAGAUUUUGGAGGAAUUUUUAGGUCCAUAUCAGAAAGAUGGGGAAGUGUGGAUGUCGGGGUGAUCGUGUGCGGUCCUGCAACACUUGAGACAAGUAUUGCUAGAGAAUGCAGAACAAACAACUUGAAGAGAAGAAACAAUCAUCCUAUCUUCCAUUUCCAUACUCACAGCUUUGACCUCUAA